ACAUACAGCAGGGAAGCCACGGGAAAACAUAAAAUAGAGGUGGUUAAAUGGUAUGUUACAAAUAUUGACUCUGCAAUUAGAACAAGACUGUGUUAUGACUUGAAAUUGUAUUUACGGCGGUCGUGAGGGAGGUGAAACUUUACUGGUCAACAGGACGAGAGAAAAUCGCUCUAACAGUAAAAUGGUGAUGAUGGCCAGUUUCCUUUAGAGGGCGCUGUGACCCUCUCUUCCAAUGGGUCCUGAGAAAGACGAUACUCCGAUGAACACGAUUAUCAGCACACCUCCCCCCUCCCCUCCUCUCCCCGGCUCCCUACGGGCGUGUCACGGGCCCUGUCCUGCCGCCCCCCCCUGUUCCCCCUGUGCGUCCCCACGCAACAGAGCCAGCCCCGUGGGGGUCCAUCUGCGGCCCCCUUCCUCCGGCCCCCUGGGGCAACCGGACCCCCUGAGGAGGCACAGCUGGGACCCCGGGGCAGUGGUGCAUGGCUUCCCGCAGUAUGAGCAUCACAGCGUGAGUCUGGAGGAUCUGAACCCUGAGGAGAUAGAGAAGAUGCUGGGCGGGGCCCUGGGCAGGCUCAGUGGGCGGGACCCACGGCGAGCCCCAAUCACCCACUACGCCCAGGAUUUUGGGUCCCUGCUGUCACUCACUGAGGAGGAGGCGGGCCCUGACCCACAGCGCUUCUCUUUACUAGAGGAACAGUCCAGCCAGUUGCAGGGCUGCAGCGCCUCUGCUCCCUCUCUCUGUGACACGCUGGCCGAGUCUCGCUCACAGAGUGCCGCCGCCCACCCCUGGCCCCGCCCCCGGCCUCGGCCCCACUCCCACUGCAAUGAAACCUCUCUGUGCUCUGUGGUCGGAGGCUCCACUCAAAGUGUGGAUGCAGGCAGUGAGUUGGGUUCAGUGGACUGGGGCACCGAGGAGAGAACGGAGCGUCAGCAGGGCAGCAGGGAGGAGAGGGAGGAGAAGACGGGCAGCCCGCUCGGGCGCACGCUCAGCUUUCUGCGCAAGAUGGCCGGGACCCACAAGAAUAAAGAGAAGGAGAGGAUGAAGGAGCGAGAGAAGGAGGCCAGAGAGAGGGAGGCGAGGUACAGCAACGGUCACCUGUUCACCUCCCUCACCGUCUCGGGAACGACGCUGUGCUCCGCCUGCAACAAGAGCAUAACGGCCAAGGAGGCCCUGAGCUGCCCCACCUGCAAUGUCACCAUCCACAACCGCUGUCGGGACACUCUGCCAAACUGUGCCAAAAUGAAGCAGAGGCAGCAGAAGUUGGCUUUAGUGAGGAACAGCUCCGCACUACAGAAUGUGGCCCUUCGGACGAAAAGCCCCAUGCUGAAGGAGAGGCCCAGCUCCGCCAUCUACCCGUCUGACCUGCGGCAGUCCCUGCUGGGCGCCCGCCGCGGCCGCGCCGGCCUCUCCCUCUCCAAGAGCGUCUCCACCAAUAACAUCGCAGGGAACCUGAAUGAUGACUCUCCCUUGGGGCUGCGUAGGAUCCUGUCCCAGUCCACAGACUCUCUGAACUUCCGUAACCGAGCCAUGUCUAUGGAGUCUCUCAACGAUGAAGGAGAGGUGUACUAUGCCUCCAUGCUGGACGAGUUGGAGAGGGAGGGGCGGGACUUUGAGCUGGACUCCUGGAGCCUGGUGGUGGAUUCCUCCUACCUGCAGACUCACCGUAAAGAUAUCAUCAAGAGGCAGGAUGUCAUCUAUGAGCUGAUCCAGACGGAGCUGCACCAUGUGCGCACGCUGCGGAUCAUGGACGGGGUGUUCCGGCGGGGCAUGCUGGAGGAGGUGAUGCUGGAGCCGGGGGUGGUGCAUGGAGUCUUCCCCUGCCUGGACCGGCUGGUGGGGCUGCACUCCCGCUUCGUGGCCCAGCUGCUGCUGAGGAGGAACCACAGCCUGGCGCCUGGGAGCAGCAACAACUUCACCAUCCACCAGCUGGGCGACGUGCUGCAGGAGCAGUUCUCAGGGCACUAUGCAGAUGAGAUGAGGAAGGCCUACGCUGAGUUCUGCAGUCGACACCUGAAGGCCGUCAAACUGUACAAGGAGCUGAUGGCCAGAGACAAGCGCUUCCAGUACUUCAUCCGGCGAGUAAGUCGGGGGCCCCUGCUCCGUCGCCAUGGCAUCCAGGAGUGCAUCUUAUUGGUCACUCAGCGCAUCACCAAGUACCCCGUCCUCAUCCAACGCAUCCUGGACAACACCAAGGGGAAUGAGGAGGAGGCCUCCUCUCUGGCCCUGGCCCUGGUGCAGAUCCGGGAGCUGCUGAGCUCGGUGGACCAGCAGGUUCUGGAGCUGGAGCGGACCCAGCGGCUGCAGGAGAUCCGCGCGCGGCUGGACCCGCGGGCCGAGACGGAGGUGCGCGGAGGAGGCGUGUUCCGGGGCGGGGAGCUGCUGCGAAGGCGCCUCAUUCACGAGGGGACCCUGCUGUGGAAGACUGCCGGCUCCAGACUGAAAGAUGUGCAGGUGCUGCUGAUGACAGACAUCCUGGUGUUCAUGCAAGAAAAGGACCAGAAGUUCAUCUUCCCAUGCCUGGACAAGCCCGCUGUGCUCUCCCUGAAGAACCUUAUAGUGCGAGAUAUAGCCAAUCAGGAGCGCGGAAUGUUCCUCAUCAGUGACUCCACCCCUCCGGAGAUGUACGAGAUCCACGCCGCCUCCAGAGACGACAGGAACACUUGGAUGAGGCUCAUUCAGCACACCGUCGCCUGCUGUCCCUCCAGAGAGGACUUCCCCCUGAUCGAGACUGAGGACAAGGCCCUCCUGCGCCGGCUCAGAGCUGAUAUACAGCAGAAGGACCGCGAGGUUCUGGAGCUCCUCCAGGAGAGGGUCACUCUCUUCUCAGACCUGGCUGAGGUCACGUCGGGCCAGGAGGUCACCCUGCCCCACAAUCCCCGAAACCUCUUCCGGGCCGACACCCCCCAGGCCCCUCAGGCCGAGAGGCUGCUGACUGACGCCAUCUCUGAGGUGGAUAAACUGAGUGAAUUGCUGCUGGGCUCCACUUUUGAAGUACCUCUGUCCUGCAGUUCCAACGGUGACCAGAACCACACGGUGGCGCCAGUGAGCAAUGGAGAAGAAAUAUCAGUGAACGGAACACAUGACCAGAACAGCCUUGUGUCUAAGGAUACGAAUGGGAACCAAUUGCAAGACAGGCCCCCUAAUGAGGAGGUGUGUCAAAGGCUGGUGAAUCUUAGUGCUCAUCUCCACGCACUACAGGCCACAGUAAUUAAGCAGGACUCCGUGGUGGAGCUGUGCCUUCGUGAGGGCGCGGCCUCCACCCCCAGCACCCCCGGCACCCCCGGCACCCCCGGGGCCCUGCCCUCCACCCCGGCCCGGCUGUGCCGCUCCAUGUCCCGCGACGCGGGCCUGGACGCCACCGCGGGGGCCCCGCUGGGGGAGCUGGCCCUGCUCCAGCGCCAGCACAGCCUGCUGCAGGAGGAGCUGGGCCGGCUGCGGGCGGUGGACAGCCGGCUGAAAGACAGCGAGAAGGCCCGCGCGCAGCUGGAGCGGCAGGUGAAGGACAUGAAGGCCAGCGGCAGCGCCGCCCUGGUGGACGGUGCAGGGGCUGCGGACCAGAGCAGCAGAGGUGAGACCGAACCCAACUCCAUCGCCCCAUUGGCCAGCGAAGAGACCAUUGACCAACUGGACGGCCUACAGGAGAGCAGCGACGUGGAUGACAACUCGGACGAUGAGGACGAUGUGAGAAUCUCACCACGGUCUGAAAGCCCCAGAGACCUGCAGGAUAUCCCUGAGGAGAGCGAGUGUGCAGCGGACGUGCGAGAGAUGGACGCAGGUUGUGUGAACACACACAGCUAACGACAGCUUCAUCCGGCCCAGAACCUGGAAACAGGAAACAGGAACCAGGAACCAGGGUCUGAUCUCAGAGGGAACUGCAAUCCGAAACUCACCUUUCAUUUUGUACAUAGAAGUCCAUCUAGAAAGCAAUUAUCAUUUCAUGUUAAGGUAUAAACUUGCAACGAGAUGUGCUACAGUUCAUAACACAUUGGUAUACUAUCAUUUUAGUUUAACUUAUGUCUCUAGAGUCCUCCUUUGAAUCUUGUUUCAGUCGCACCUCGUACUCCUUCCUCUGUUAUAUGUAUGAAAGACACGACAAAAGGAGGUGAGAGGAAGGAGUAUAGCAGUAGCCACCAUGAUGAUAGGAUUCUAAGGUAGAUUUAGGGAACUGUUUUUGUAUUAAAAAUAUAGAAUAUGAUUAAUAAUAGGCUAACCUAUUUUAGCUGUCAUUUCAUCCAGUAUCCUGGCAUUUUCUGUCGUCUGGACAGCUUAGUGACUGAAACUCAAUGUUGACAGGAGACAGUGCUUGGGAACAACAUGCAGUGGGUGGGUUGGGGGAGUUUGGGGGGGAUGGAUAUGGAUAUUUGUACUGUAUAUAAAUAUGUUAGAAUGCUGUGCAGGGAAAGAUCUGCUCUCACCCACCUCCCCUGUUUCAACACGUACACUUGAAUUCUCUUGUACUUUUAAAAAAACCAAAUUUUUU